UCUCUUUCUCUCGUCCUCCUCCUAGUAAAAACCGAAUCAAUCUUGGAAAGAGAAUACCACCUCUCUAUCUCGUCCUCCUCCUCACCCUGCCUCUGGGUUAACGGAUAUAUAUCACUUCACUUCUCUAUAUUUGGUUCCUAGAAAGCUUGAGUCUCUCAAAACGCUUGUUGCUUACCCAUUUUUCAUUUUUACAUUUUUCUUUUCAUUUUUUUCUUUUUUUGGGGCUGUUUUUCCCCUGCUAGCCACUGCUUUUUCUUCCCCCUGUUCUCUUUUUCCUGAGGUGACCAGCUACAGGUGUGACACCUUAGCCUUUCAUUUGAAGUGAGCCAGACAGAGAGGAGGAGGAGAACACGAGGAGAAAGACAUCUUCAGCUCAAAACUUUCCUCCAAAAUUGUCCCAAAUUCAGGUCUUCUGCUCAAAGCAAAGCCUUCGUUACUAACACUCAUCAUCCAAUCCCCCUUACCUUUUCAUCUUUUUACCGCAUCCUCCAGGCAUCAUGUCUACCCCAGUCUCCCCGUCCCCCUCGCUCUCCCCACUGACACUGGCCUCCCCUACAUCUGCAACCUCCCCCAGUGCCUCCCCUCUGCCCUCGCCUCUCUCCCCUCCACCCAGGGUGCCCGUGUUUCAGAGGAAGGGAGCGCUCAAACACAAAAGGAUUGUCGAAGUGAAAGACCACCAGUUUACAGCACGCUUCUUCAAACAGCCCACCUUCUGCAGUCAUUGCACCGACUUCAUAUGGGGCAUUGGGAAACAGGGAUUCCAAUGUCAAGUUUGCAGUUUUGUGGUCCACAAAAGAUGUCACGAGUUUGUGACCUUCACGUGCCCCGGCUCUGUGACCGCCCCCAGACCAGAUGACCUGAAGAGUCGACACACAUUUAAGAUCCACACGUACUCCAGCCCUACAUUUUGUGACCACUGUGGCUCGUUGCUGUAUGGCCUCAUACACCAGGGCAUGAAAUGUACCAGCUGUGACAUGAACGUCCAUCGGCGAUGCGAGACCAGCGUCCCCAGUCUGUGUGGCCAGGAUCACACAGAGAAGAGAGGGAGAAUCCAUCUGACCAUCAGAGGAGAAAAGGAGGACGUCUUUGUCACAGUGCGGGAGGCUCGUAACUUGAUGCCCAUGGACCCAAAUGGCUUGUCAGACCCGUAUGUUAAACUGAAAUUGAUUCCAGACCCAAAGAGCCACAGCAAACAGAAGACUAAGACCAUCCGCUCAACACUCAAUCCCGUCUGGAAUGAGAGCUUCACCUUCUCCGUGCGUGGUCACCAGUGGGACAGGCGUCUGUCUGUGGAGAUAUGGGACUGGGACCGGACGUCUAGGAACGAUUUCAUGGGAGCGCUGUCGUUUGGCGUGAGUGAGAUCUUCAGGCGUCCAAUCAGUGGUUGGUUCAAACUGCUGGCCCAAGAUGAGGGAGAGUACUACAACAUUCCUGUGCCAGACCCGGACCUGCAGGAGCCUCAGCCAGAUGCUACUACACCUUCUUUGCCUCAAGCGAUGCCUUCCCCGCUGUCUGAACCAUUUCCCGUGGCCCUGUCCCCGACCCUCAUUCCCUCCUGUCCCCCUGUCCACACUCCGGGCCCUGGCAAAGUUAAAAUGGGCAUCCACGAUUUCAACUUCCUCAUGGUUCUUGGAAAAGGCAGCUUUGGCAAGGUGCUGCUGGCAGAGGAGCGAGGCAGCGAGCGUCUGUUUGCCAUAAAAGUGCUGAAGAAAGACGUUCUCUUCCAGGACGAGGACACGGAGAGCGCUCUAGUAGAGAGGAGGGUUCUGGCGCUCCUUUCUCGUCCUCACUUCCUCACGUCCCUCUACUGCGCCUUCCAGACUGAGGACCGACUGUAUUACGUGAUGGAAUAUGUCAACGGAGGAGACCUGAUGUUUCACAUUCAGAUAGUUGGGAAGUUCAAAGAGCCUCACGCAGCGUUUUAUGCGGCAGAGAUAGCGGUCGGCCUCUUCUUCCUCCACAGCAAAGGCAUCAUCUACAGGGAUCUAAAGCUGGAUAAUGUGCUGCUCGACAGCGAGGGCCACAUAAAGAUAGCAGACUUUGGGAUGUGCAGGGAGGGCAUGUUCGAGGGCGACACCACACGUACCUUCUGCGGCACUCCUGACUACAUCGCCCCUGAGAUUGUGGCCUAUCAGCCCUAUAAUAAAGCAGUGGACUGGUGGUCUUAUGGAGUGCUGCUGUAUGAAAUGCUGGCAGGACAGCCGCCAUUUGAUGGCAUUGACGAGGAGGAGCUGUUUCAGUCCAUCAUGGAGCAGAGUGUCUCAUACCCAAAAAGUCUCUCUUGGGAGGCUGUAGCUAUCUGCAAGGGACUCCUGACAAAGCACCCGGCCAAGCGCCUGGGUGAAGGAGAAGAUGCAGAGAGGGAGAUCAGAGAGCAUCCGUUCUUCCGCUGGAUUGACUGGGACCGUCUGGAGAGACUGGAAAUCCCGCCACCUUUCAAACCCAGAACUGGUGGGAAAAAAGGUGAGAACUUUGACAAGUUCUUCACAGCUGCUCAAACGGCGCUCACCCCCUCGGACCCGGAUAUACUCGCAGCCAUGAACCAGGAAGACUUCGAAGGCUUCUCCUUCAUCAACCCAGACUUUGCUCCGUCACCGCUCACCGCUGUUUGAAAACGGCUCCCAAAUCUGCUCCAGCCGCCGUUCCAAGUCUAGCCAGAUGAUCCUGUUAUCCUUCCGAUUGUAGUUUUAUAGCAGAGAAUUUGAACGUGAGAGCUAGCAGCGAGUAUUACACCUCUCAUAACCAAAUUCAGACGUUUACAUGAAAAUGCCAAGACACCUCGAUUUUCGGGCACUCUCUUUGAUGCAUGUCUAUUAACUCACUCAUCACACAAUGUGUAUCAACACUGCAAACAUAGUCAGUACUAUGGACUGCCAUCUUAGACUUUUUUUAUAAGACUUAACUUGAUCUAAAGGUACUGUAGUAUGAACGUGAGAAAAAUAAUCUCUAUGCAUGCAGAUAGUUUUUAUAGCACUAGACUAUCCAAGGCAGAUACUUUACUUUCCUUUCCUUUAAGUAAAGUAGUCAUAUGUUGUGCACACGUGCAAUUUACCAGUUAUAUUUCACCAGUCAGGGUUUCAUUCAUGCAGCUACAAUGACCACACAGUAUGUAAAAGCAGGACAUCUCACCAUUUUGAUGCCAAUUCCACCUUAGCACUUUGUAUUGUCCAUUGCAAGUACUCAGCAUCAACAGCACUUAAAUGUUUCUUUCUGACUACCUACAGUAUCUCACUCUGGGGUUUUUUGUGCUCUCUAUUUUGGAUAAAUGACAUGUUGACUAUGAAGCAAAUUGAGCGGGGAGCCAUUUUUAGAUAUUUGUGUAUUUUAUAAGAGAGGCGUCCUGUGGAAGCGCUUAGUCAGACUCCUCUGACCUGGCUCGACCUCAAGGUUUAACGACUUCAGAUGACCCACUGAGAUGUUUAAACAAUGCAGUUAUCACAAUGUGACAGUUAGGGUGGACCACAGCUCUGCUCCACCCACCCAGGCUCACACUGUGUGGUGUGUAAUGUCACUGGAAGGGAGUCCUCAUUUGACAUUCACAGUUUAUCUGCAUUAUUAUUAUUUUUUUAUUCUUGAGCACGCUAUGGAAUAUGGCCUAUCUGCAUUGCAACUACAAAUAUCCUAUUACUCCAAGUAAACAUUACAGUUUUAUCAAUAAAAGCCUCUUUUUAAUGUCUUUCCCAGACGAGAGGCUUGUUAGCUUGCACAGGUACAUAUACUUAUGAUUUUAAUGGUGUAUGCCGUAAAGCUUUUUGCUGUGUAAUGAUGUGCUCACAGUAUUGAUUAGGAGUAAUUAAAAGUGAGGCUCACUGGGACUGUUCAAUACGUGGAAAAAUAACAGCAGUGCUGUCAUUAAGCCCUAUCUGAGCAGAGCAGGUGGCUGCAAACUUGCUGUGCAAAAAUCUCAUCCCCGUGCUCUUAUCUAAUGAACCAGCUGGUCAUUUUACACAUAAAUAUGCUUUAUUUCUUUGAUUCUUUUUUUCAUGUACAGUUUUGCUUUACAUCUGUUUGCCUGUUAUUUUAGAUCCGAUUGAGCCAAAGUCAGAUGUCAGUGCACACAAUCCCUCAGUACGAUAAUUACAAUAGAUGAUGAUCAAUAGUGCAAUAGAUCAUUGAUAGAUCAUGUAUCUGAUAGGUUUUGUUUUUAUGUGCUGGAAAAAGAAAAUAAAGUUGAUGGGAAAAAAUGAUG